UCCUAAUUCCAAACCGUCUGUUUUGUUGGUCCACACGAAAAACAGUCCGCCGAGAUUGAUUCGUCGUAUGCUUUCGCUACACAGGAUUCAGCCAUCAUCUAACUCUACAACACCCUCUUAUAGUGCCAGUUCUUCCAUCUCCCAACCGAAAGUCGGAAGUGAAAGAGAACACCCGAAAGAAGUGGGGUGAUCCGGUGCUCCGCAGAAUCUGACAAAAAAAUGUUCCUGCGAUUGAUCUCGCGGCCGUUGCUGGCGAAGGUGAAAGAGACGACCGGGAUCGUCGGAUUAGACGUCGUCCCCAACGCCAGGGAAGUCCUGAUCGGUCUAUACGCUAAGACCCUGAAGGAGAUCCAGGCCGUUCCCGAGGACGAGGGCUAUCGUAAGGCCGUGGAGAGCUUCACACGCCACCGUUUGAAGGUCUGCCAAGAAGAAGAAGACUGGGAAAUGAUCGAGAAGCGCCUCGGAUGCGGCCAGGUCGAGGAGCUAAUUGAAGAAGCGCGUGACGAGCUCACUCUUAUCGGGAAAAUGAUCGAGUGGGACCCCUGGGGUGUUCCAGAUGACUAUGAAUGUGAGGUGAUUGAAAAUGAUGCUCCAGUUCCCAAGCAUGUUCCUCUACACCGACCUGGUCCUCUCCCUGAGGAGUUCUACCAGACAUUAGAAGCUGUUUCUAAAGAGGAUGCACCUAAAGUCACCUCUGGGGAGCCACAAUUAAAGGCGUAGCAUGUUGCAGACACUUGGCUGGAGGCAUUUAGGGUUUCAGAGUUGAGAUUGCAUUUUUCUUCUACACCGACCUGGUUCUCUUGUUUAUGCUUGUUAAUCUUGUUUUGGGCCUGUUUGGUUGAUGGAUGGAGUUUUAACCUAAGACAAAGGCUGGAACAGUUCAGUUGAUAAUAAUGUUGAUGUUCCAGGGGGUCACGAAAAUUUUGUCCUCUCAGCUUUGUUUCCUGCAUUCUUCUGACUUUUACAUGUGUAUUUUUUUUCCAUCAGAAACUUGAUGCUGGUAAUGGCAUGAUUGUGAUGAUUUCACCAUCGGUUUUA